UUUCCAACAGAAAAAACUACUCAGAGAGAGAGAGGUGGGGAAGGUCAAGCCGAGAGGAGACGCACAGAUCCCUCCCUCUCCUCUGCACACCUCUCCUCUCCUCUCUCCCCCUCGACGCGGCAAAAACAGGGAGGAGAGAGAGACAGACAGAGGGAGGGAGGGAGCCCGAAUCCCUGCGAUCUCCCCUCCCGGUCGGAGGAUCCGGCGAUCAGCCAUGAACGAGAAGGCCUCCGUCUCCAAGGAGCUCAACGCCAGGCACAAGAAGAUAUUGGAAAGCCUUCUGCGGUUGCCGGAGAACAGAGAAUGUGCAGACUGCAAAUCAAAGGGUCCUCGAUGGGCAAGUGUCAAUCUUGGGAUCUUUGUAUGCAUGCAGUGUUCUGGAAUUCAUAGAAGCCUUGGGGUACACAUAUCAAAGGUAAGGUCUGCUACUCUAGAUACAUGGCUGCCAGAGCAAGUUGCAUUUAUUCAAUCUAUGGGAAAUGAAAAGGCAAAUGGCUAUUGGGAAGCAGAGCUGCCCCCUAAUUAUGACAGGGUUGGGAUAGAAAACUUCAUCCGUGCGAAAUACGAGGACAAGAGGUGGAUACCAAGGAAUGGGACAUCAAAACUGCCCUCUGCUGCUCGAGAUGAAAAGAGCUCUGAAUCUCUGGCCAGUCAUGCUAACAGGGGUGGGCACGCUCAAAAAUCUUCAUUUGAGCAACACCGUGUUUCACCAGCUGCUACGAGAAAAGCUCCUCCAGUGUCUUCUAGGAUGCACACGCAGGCAUCACCUCAGCCAAAAGCAGAACUACCAGUUCCCAAGGUUGCUUCGCCUCCUCAGCCAGCAAAAUCUCCUGCUAAAGUUGAUGUGACACCCCCAAAAGUUCAUCAGCCAUCAGUUGCACCCCCUCCGAAAGUUGACUAUGCCAUUGACCUCUUUAACAUGUUAUCGAUGGACGGAACAACUGAGAAAGAACCAGAGUCAUCUUCCCACGACGAUAAUGCUUGGGAUGGGUUCCAGUCUGCAGAACCAGCACCUAACUCCGAGAAAAAGGAUACUGCUAAGCCAGUAGAAAGUAAGGCCCAGUCUACAUCAGGAAUAGAAGACUUAUUUAAAGACUCUCCAACUGUGACAGGGUCUUCAGCUCCAGUUGCUUCCAAAUCAAACCCACAGACAGAUAUCAUGAGUCUGUUUGAGAAGUCGAAUAUGGUAUCACCAUUUGCUAUCCAUCAGCAGCAGCUUGCUUUUAUGACCCAGCAGCAAGCUUUACUGAUGGCUGCUCUUAAAUCUGGAAAUGCACCCCAAAUGGUUCCGGGGAAUGCACCCCAAAUGGUUCCUGGAAAUGCCAGUGUGCUAAAUACUAACGGUUCCAGUGCCCCUAAUGGAAGCUUGCCUUCACAUAGCUGGCCAAAUUUAGGUUAUCAAAACCCUGCAUCAAUUCAGGCAGCAGCACCACAGAAUGGUGUCGCCAAGGCUGGGAACAACAAUCAGGACUUCUUUUCUGGAAACUUUGGUUUUGGUUCGCCCAGCGUGCCAGCAAAUGGGGUCACAACUGCAAGUUCUAACAAGAGCACAUCGAGCCCUACCUCUUCUACUACCAUGCCCUCUCAAUCAGGCAAAGAGUACGAUUUUUCCUCAUUAACUCAAGGAAUGUUCUCGAAGCGAUGAAUGGCUUGGAAUGCUUGGAAAUGGAUGAGAGAGGGGCCUCCAUUGGGCGAUAAGCACGGCAGAUUUAGGAGAAGGUUGGGGGCGCUUGUACACUGUUUUACCGAGGCAGCUUUGCCAAUUGUGGAUACAUAGUUACAUCACCUUGUGGGCCAACAAGUGCGGAUAUGGCAGAAAACUGCUCAUGUUGUUUCCUACAGCUGAAUAGUCUCAUUGUUACAGCGAUGCCAAAAACUUCAAACAGAGGAUUCCUUUGUGGGCCUGUUGGAACUUUUUUCUCUUGUUCAGGGUGUAGUUGCAAUACCAUAUAUCCAUUACUUUGUAUUGUACGCCAAUAAUUUUAUUCUGUUGUGUUCCACAUAUGUGAUUGUAUUGUUGUGGCUUGCCCUUUAAAUGCACUGAAUGCUGUUUUAACUA